GCACGCCGCCCCCACACAUUCAGGGCGAAACCACUAUUAACGCGAAACAACCCCGAACGUGAUUAAAACUUUCUAGUGACAGUGCAAACAUUUUCAUAUGACUCAUCUAUACAUGUACAUUCGUAUCUCAUUAGCAGUAUAGGUGCACGGAUUCUGUUUUUAUGAAGCGCAAUUGAGAAAAAUGGAGAGUAACGAAGGUCAACAAACUUUCUGUUUAAAAUGGAAUCAUCACAAGACGAACUUAGUAGAAAUCCUAGAGGCUCUGAUAAAAGGGGAAACAUAUGUGGACUGUACGCUUGUGGUCGAUGACCAAGUAACAUUUAAAGCGCAUCGAGUUGUCCUCGCCGCUAACUCCCCGUAUUUCCAGUCCAUAUUAGCCGAUGUGCCCAUGGAUCAUUGCAGUAUUCUGUUCCCGGGGGUUAAGGAUUUCGAAAUGAGAGCGCUCCUUGAAUAUAUGUACACGGGUGAAGUUAAUGUUACACAAGCCCAUAUCCCCCGAAUAAUGAAAGUUGCUGAACAACUUGAAGUCAAGGGUCUUUUCGAUAUGACGGAAUUGCGUAGGCAGCCCGGAAACACAGAACGGACUCCUGGCGCUUCGCCGCCUCGAGUUGUACCCGCUGCUCCUUCCAGCUUAUCACCACCGGCACCUGCACCACCCUCGAGAUGGCCGCCGCCACCUACUGCCCCCGUGCUUUCUGCUGCGUACGACUCGGUUGAUAUGAACCCACUCAAACGGAAGAAACUAUCGAGUAUGUUAGCCACUCGGGACACCCCUAUCUUAAGAAACGUGCUCGCUCAGAAUUCCCCUGUAGAUUCAUCGCAGCCUAUUUCAUUAGUAUGUCACCCUGUCAAUCAGCAAAGUGUUCCGCCACGUUUGCACUCCAAUGGGUCAGCACAUGAAACUGACAGAGCUUCCAGUCCCCAAAGACCCUUCGAUUACCGCCCACGUAGAUUAUCGUCUCGUGCUUCAUCGCCCCACUUUCAUCGAUCAGAUCGUUCUGAAGAUGCACACUCUCCAUAUACUGAACGUUCAUUUGAAGAGGAAACCCCACGAAAUUUCCAUCCGUCUCCACCACCGACCAAUUUUCAACAUGAUGUCCGAGCUGGGCUAGCACCAUAUGUCCCGCCACAACAAAAACCCGAAUGGAAAAGAUACAAACAAUAUACAAGAUCUGACAUUUUGUCCGCCAUAGAAUGUGUGAGAAACGGUAUGAGCGCUCUGCAAGCGUCGCGCAAAUACGGCGUUCCUUCACGUACGUUGUAUGAUAAAGUGAAGAAACUUGGCAUUACAACGAGUCGACCAAUGAGUCGCGGGGUCAAGAGAGAACCUAAUGGAGCUGCUUUUCCUUAUGGACUAACUGGAGCUGGAGGGAAUGAUGAAGGCAAUCCUACCACACCAUUGAUAGACCCAUCGUUUCUGCAACAAGCUUUGGAAGGAGCUACAAGAGACGGGGGUCGAGAAGCAUUACAUGCCAUGGCUUUGGCUGCUGCGGCACAUGCAGCUUUAGCUCCUCGUACGCCACCACGGUCUCCGCCACAGUCGCCCCGUACACCUCCGCCUGAUGAUGAUCAUGUAGAAGAUCUAUCAGUCUCUCGUCGCCGCGAUCUAGACCCACCUACAGGUGUAAUCGUGCCGCCGCGAAACUUUGCUUUAGAUUGUAGUAGUGAAAGAGAUUGAGAGAUUCAUAGACAUAGACAUCAAGACUGACUGACUUAGGCGUACAAAGAUAGACGUAAGGCAUUAUUGGUAGGCUACUAGUAGGACGCGCCGCGUGCGCACUCCUCACUGACCGGGCGCUCCGGCCGGGCUAUUGCAAUGGGCCCCGCGGCCACUUUCAUACUACCUGUUUAUUUCUUCUCUAUUUAUUUCGAAACGACAUCCGAGCCUGAUAAUGAAAUAAAAUUUCCGUUACAAGGUCGAGGAUGCGUUAUUGUGAUUUUUAUUUUUGUUUAUAUUUCUUCUUUGAUUAUUAUGUUUUAUAACGUUUACGUCUUUGUUAAUAAAUAGCAGAUUAGGAUAGCUUUAAUUAGCUUUUAAUAAUUUUAGUUGGACCGGGAACAUCAUAGGGCCGAAGGGCAGUGCCGGCCACGCCAUCGCGCCUGAGGCGGGUUCGCCUAGACGAGUUAUUGUGCAAUUUGUUGUCCGCGACUGUGAUGUUUAUAGACUGAAACGCCGCUACUACCUCACGCUAGCUACAGCUCAACUCUAGUCCAGCGUCGCAAUAAUUGCCAUAUUAUUUAAACUGUUCCGUUAGCAAACUUGCGAUCUCUUCAAUCGGACGGAAAACUAUUUAGCCGUGUGUGCGACGUUUACGAGUAUUUCUGUAUAAUCGCGGAUGGCGACCUAUAGGUACAGAACGAAAUAAUUAUAAUUCCUUGAGUUACGGGUUAGAUUUAUUUAUUUUUGUAUAGAAUGCCAUAAUUAAUAUUCAUUGUUGAUCGAUACCUUGUUGUGUUCACUGUCAUCGGUAGUUUGUAAUUGUUUGCACAAGCACGGUGGUUCUUGUUAGAUAUAAGUGAUUUUGUCAACACUUAGAUAAUA